AGAAGAAGAAAGCCUGCGUUUCUUUCAUCAAGCACGGAAUUUUACUCGAAAGAAAAAUUGUGAAGUGCAUAUUGAAAAACUAUAUUCGUCUUAAAUGCUAACAAAUGUUAUCAUAAAUUGCGUGAAUUCGGAGAAGAGAACAGGAAAACUAGUUAUAUACCCAAUUUGUGUGCUAAAUAGUCCUGAAACAAGUAUCUGAAUUAGAUUGUUUUGGCAGUCAAUGGGACCGGUGAGGUCUAAAAAUCACAAGAAGUAUGAGCCACAGAAGCAGUGAUACAAAUGCCUCGUGGAACAACCGGAGCUCACGCAAUAGUAACGAUGGUGGCGGCGGGGGUGGAUAUAAUGAACGCAGUUGGUCUGGCAGUCGAUACAGUUUGGACAACCGGUAUAACAAGGAUCGUCGAAAUUUCCGUGGAUAUGGUGGUAGAAGCGAACGUCGCCCAUAUGAAGAGAGACGAGGAGGAUAUCCUUACCGAAGCACUUCUUGGGUCAAUAAUAGUGGGUCGGACGGUAAUUAUUCAUCUCAUCCAAGGCAUCAGCAAAAUUGGCAAAAGAAAAAUACUAAGUCGACACAGCCAAUUCCUCCCCCGUUGACUGAUUCCGAUGAGCCGCCUUCAAGCGUAAGCAAUGGGGAUGCAGAAAAGUCCGAUUUAGAUGUUUCAACAAACGGAGGACAAAAUAACGGUGACAAGCUUGCGGGCACGAGCAUUAAUUUAAAAACGGAUGACAAAAAUGACGUUCCUGCCGAAGACAACGGUUUACCGCACAUAGAUACACCAAAGGUGGCCAAUGGGAUAAAUGUACAGAGCAAUGAAAUGGAUUCAUCUGCAAGAAUGUCUCCAACACUAGAUGACAAACUUGAAAUAACUCCCCAUGAGAAUGAACUGAUCAAACUAAUCGAAGAUGAAGCGCUGAAAAUGAUCUCCGAUGCAGAGCAGCCUUUGUGCUCGACUUCGCAGAAUAUUUCGCAAGAAACUACCGCCCCAGCAAUCGUAUCGUCUGGAUCUGCACAGAAUCCGGAGCGUCAAGCUACAAUCGAACGAAGUGCUGAACAGGUUACACGUAAACUAAUUAACCAAUUGACAACAAUGAACAAAUACAGUCUGAAACAGAUGAUCAAUAACCCAGAUAGCAAAUAUGAGACUGCACUCAAGACGCAUGCCCGACAAAAGCUACGAGCGGAAGUGCGUCGUCAGCUGAGAAACUUCAGUUUGCAAGAAAGUACCUCACAAACUAAAACUUGCGGUAUGUUGGAACCAGAUGAGUGCGUUGAUUCUGAUAAAAUACCGGACGCUUUGCUGGAACAAAUUGGUAAAGUACUUGAUCUAAACCUUCUGGAUUUGAAUGUGGGCGAUGAUCAGCCUCAAGUGGCUACAGUUGAAGAUGAAGACUGCGUCAUCAACCCUAGUGAUCCCGAUUAUUCCGCUACAGAAAUGUUGGAUAAGAAUCUCAGACUGACUGAUGACGAUGUACAGCUCCAUCUGGACGCAGAGGAUAUUUUCGCGCGUGCCGAAUUACUACUGAUGAAAGGCAGUGAAACUGGGAUUUCUUCUGGGCCAAGUUCUCCCACUGAGGAAAUGUUUCCAAAUGAUCAAAUUGAUUCAAUUGUAAGUGAAGAGAAUGGAUACGAAAAAGUGCUAGAGACAACUGGAACUAGCGAUGCAAAAGCGGAAAUUUUGAUAGAAGAGUCUGCACAAUCUACCUUUCCUUGCUUCUUGCGCGUUAGCACGGUUGAAGAGCUGAACAAAAAAGUAGACGAUUUGUCAACUCCAAUGGAGGUCUCUGGCUGUACAACGAACGCACUUGCAUCACCCGCUGCACCGAACGAGCCAGAAAAUGAUUAUAACGCUGACGUUGUAAGCGAGGAACCUGCUUUGGAACUGCCUUCGAAUGAACAUGCACAAAUGUCGGAAAUUAUAACCGUUACAAACGGACAAAAAAACUGUGAGAUGGAGUACUCCGAUAGCCAAAAAUCGAUUGGUGUCGUUCAAGAGCCUGUUGAAAGCGCAAUGGAAGUGACGAAUGAUACACCUAACGCACCGAACAUUGAAGCAGAAUUGGUCAACAAUACACCUAACGCACCGAACAUUGAAGCAGAAUUGGUCAACAAUACACCUAACGCACCGAACAUUGAAGCAGAUAUGGUCAACAAUACACAUAACACACCGAACAUUGAAGCAGAUAUGGUCAACGAUCAGGAGGAGCCGCCCAAACAACCGCAGUUGGAAGUCACUCCACCUGUAACGCCAGUUCCAUUGGAGAAACCUUCGGAGAUCGUCGAUGAUACUAUACAAACUUCCAUACAGACUCCAACUACUGAACCAGCGACUGCCAUCAUUCGAGCACCCACGCACCCAGAACUGUCUACGCGCAAAUCUAAAGGUUCAAAAAGUUAUAAACCGAAUCUUGUGCAGCACGAGCACACCAAACGGGAGAGUAAAUCUUCAUCAUCUCUUCCACGACCCUCUUCAUCGAAUCCUGCAAGUUCACCAAGUACCAACAAUUCGCCCUCAGUAUCAAAGCCACGCAGGCCUGGUCCAAAUCUUGCUGCCUUGAAGCAAGCUUCUGACGCUGCGAAGCAUCACAGUAGCAGCAAAAACGGCGGAAAUGCAUCAACCACGGAGGAUAACAGCAAAAGUCGAAGUGCAAAGAAACGAGAACCCAGUACUAACAAUAGUAUCAACAACACUAGUACUAUUUCCGCUGCUAGUCCGAGUCGGAACAGCAAUAGAUCGUCGCCCCAGGUGGAACUGGUGCAAACGUCGCAGCCUCUGCCAACGCCAUUGAAACCGGUCGCUGGUAGAGCUAGAACUCCUGGUCCGAUGUCAGCUGCUGCUGCCAGUGACUCGAGCAAACAGAAAAAGAAAAAGAAACGCAAUCGAAGGAGGGAUUUUUCUCCCGAUCUAGGAAUGAUGUUGGAGUGUGAUUUGCGAGUGUCACGGCCGGUAGUUACUCCGACACCACCGCCAACGCAAAUACGCGAAACUCCACCCAGUAGCGCAUCCAAGAAGAACAGUGAGCCGGAACGAGAAACAAAGCCGUUCCGAGAAACGCGAGCAAGAUCAGUUGAUCCGAAAAUGAUCUGCGAUGGAAAGCGGGAUAGAGAGAGAGAAAAAGAUCGCGAUCGCGAUCGAGCCAAGGACAAAGCGAAAAGUCGAGAUGUAGAAGAAAAGAGAGACACCGAAAGGGAUACAAGAAAAGAAAAAAGUAGAGAUGACCGAAGGGAAAAGGAUAGAGACGUGAAGAAAGAUAAAGAUACCAACAAAGAAAAGGAAAAAGAGGACAAAAAGGAGCCAGAGUCAACCGCUGACGUAAAUAACGAUUCGGGUAAAACUCAAUCAGCAGAACAGGUUCCAAAGAUCGAGCGGGAACGAAAAAAGUCUCCAACCCCCAAACCAAAAACUACCACAGAUCCAAUACAGCCUCCAGUUGUUGUAAAGGAAGCUAAAGUAACUAGCAAGCAUCACUCCGAAGAAACGACUGUUGUUGAAAAUCCGAAUGAUGUUAAAACGGAAUUACCAAAGGAGGUAGACAUGAAGCAUGGUUCCAAGGCUUCCUUGAAGGGAAAGGAAAUCAAGGAAGCUAAACAUCGUGAGUCUUCAACAGAUCGGGAUACGACGGAAGCAGCUAGUGAGAAGGAAACAAAGGACGACAGCGUAUACAAAGAGUCGAAAGAGAAAGAAACUAAAAGUUUCAAAGAAAAGGGAACUGACGAGAAAGUUGCCGAAGAAACCUCAGGAAAUGAAGUCAAAAAAUCGCCUAAGAGGAGGAAGAAUCUGUUGCGUGGACCAAAUCUUAUAAAAGGGCGCAGAGAAGCGCCGGAAAUGGUGGUACCGAAUCAACCUGAGCCGCAAAACGACAACAAAUUAGAAGCUGUUCAAGAGAUUGUUAAUCCCAAACAGUCCAACGCAGUGAAAGACCGACAAGAAACUAUUUCUUCUGAAAUUACUUCAGCUCAGCCUACACCACAUAAAGGUGGUAGGGAUGCAGCGGUGCCGGACAGGAUUGUCCCGAUGCCUGCUGCAGAUCUGCAACACCCUGCAAUCCGUUCAACAGCAACUCUCUUUGUGAAUCGUACUUCUUCUCCACGUCCCUGGAAAUCGCCCGGGGAGAAAAAGUUGCUUCCUGCUGGACCUUUGCUGCCUGCUCCUUUGGCUCCAAUGUCUCCACCCCAUGUGGAACGUCACAUACCUUCGGCCCCAAUGUCUCCACCGCAUGUGGAACGUCACAUACCUUCGGCCCCAAUGUCUCCACCGCAUGUGGAACGUCACAUACCUUCGGCCCCAAUGUCUCCACCGCAUACGGAACGCCACAUACCAAAUCCAAUACCAACAACUCCUCCAACAGUAGUGAACCCAGAAUCGGUACACAUUCAUCAGGUAGCUUUGCCAGUUCUGACUCAAACAGACAUCAUGACUAGGAUAGCUCUCCCAACAACGCUGUGUCCGUUAGUGACACCUCAACCGAACGCCUUUGCACCUGUCAUGACUCUGCUGAACCAAAUGCAGGAAAUCGAUAAAAAAAUGAGCAAUUUUCAACAACGCAAAAUGCAAAUCGACAGCGAUAUAAUGAGAUUAAAUUCGGAGAAGUUCCAAAUCGAUCAGAGCUCUAUGCAACUGCAGAAUGAUCGUUUCAUGGUGCUGAAUGCACUCCGUACUGCGCUUGUAGAAUGUGAGUUAAGUACACUGGCUGUUAUUCAAAGCGUUCCAAAAUUGGCAUCUGUAAGUCCCCCAACAGUGACUAACCGUAGACGGCAUCUCGAACCGGAAGCUGAAACUGCUCCAAAAAGCAAGCGACGGAAACCGGCGGAACCGGAACCAAUCCUGGCUCCACAGAUACCGCAAGUUACCUUAGCAUCGGGUCCAGAGCUGUCUGAAUCGGAGGAACCCACUGCUCAACCGGGUGCUACUGGAAACAGCUCGGAAAGAACAAUUCGACGAAUUACAAAAAUCAGUGACAACACACAAAUCUUGAAACUUUUUCAAAGGCGACGAUUGGUUUCUGAAAAAUCUACCGAAGAAAGUCAUUCCGAAGACAGUACCAUUCUUCAGCAAGAAAAACUAACACCAGCAAAGCGCCGUAGGACUCGUACGAUUACAGCCAUGGAUCAAAGCGGAGCUGCCACCUCAGCAGGCGGUGGACGAUUACGAAGUGAAUCGAAUCGAUUGGUAGAUUUGAAAAAAUCUGUUGAUCCUAACGCAUCUAAACCCUUACCGGCAGAGCAGACCACGGUUAUAACGGAUCCACCAAGCACUGUGAACGCAGCACCAUCUGUACGGUUCGAGAAAGACGUAGAAGUACCGUUGAAUGCUCAUAAAAAUUUGCUGACUCGCGAGGUUAAAGUAGUACUCAGUAAGCUCAACGUAUCUGGACAUCGUAGUAGCCCUUGAUCAAAGAGAUGUGUUCUCGGCUCGCAGUUGAGAUAUAAAAUGAUUGCUACUCCGAUUUGAAGUUCAGUUUCUUCGUUUUAUUAGUUUGAAUGAUUUGGUUUCAAACAUAGAUAAUUAUUUUCAUUCCGAAUAUUAGCGGAACUGACAAAAGCUGUCCAAUUUGAUACUAUAUUAUUCAACAUGAAGUCAUGUUCAAAAAACUCUAUUAAAGGGUAUUCGGAAAAUCUACCACGACGCUUUAUACUUGGUUUUACAAUCGGUUGUCAUCUUUGUUGUACAUAUAAAAAGGUUUUAAACGAGAACUUCGCACAAGAGAUUAUAUCCUUUAGAGCGCGCUAUGCGAUUCAUGCAUUAUCUGGUCGAGCCAUUCUGUCUGUGUACCCGUGGCGAUUAUUGUUAAUCGUAUGUAAGAGCAACACAAUCUCCGCUAGCGUAUAUCUCUAUAGUUUAUAAUCUCUGUUUGCAACAUUUUGAACUUCGGGCUUAAGGUACUUUGGUAAAGUAUGCGUAAGAAUACAUACUUUGAUAGUAUGCGUGAAGAAAAAAUGUACUAAGUUUCGUCUCUGUAUCACUCAUACUAUCAAGAUUUCUAUUCUCACAAAUACUCUACCCAAGUGCCUUGAGCUUUUGCGAUGUUGAAUAAGCGGAUGUAUUUGGUUUCUCUUCUAAAUAGAAACACAACGUGGAACGUGUAGCUAUAAGGAAAAUCCCAACUGAGAAGAACAAAAACCUGUACUGCCCUAUCUAAAAACAACCAACAAGUUGUUGAUGGUCAUAAGAUUCCCUAAUGUGUGCAUAUUUAUACCAUGAAUCGUAUGUAUUUAGUAAUGCAAAUAAAAUGUUUGGCAACGUCGUCACAAAACCGGAAACGGUCAUAUUGAACUUGUCGGUAGGGUUUUAAUACCGCAUCAAAGCAAAAAAAAGAAAAUCCAAGAUGUAUCGGCAGGUUAAAUGAGCAAAAAUUGUUUAUUCUGAACCUUGGGAUGAAUUAAAGUAAAUUAUGAAAAUCUCUAA